AGGUCCUGUUAAUGGUACUAUUCUGAUAGUACGCAAGCAACUACAUCUUCUCAAGCUUUCUCCAAUCUAUUUGUUCCGCCACGUUGAUUUAAAAAUCUUAAUCUAUCAUGAAAAAGUGUUAUUAUGGGGGGAGUAAAUGUAAAUAAAAACAGAAUUCUUCGCAUCAACUUGGAAUCGGAUACUACGUCAUCUUCUCUAGGAAAACCCACUACGACAAGCGAGUACUCAACACAAAAUAUAUAGUACUCCACGUUUGACGCAAAAUAUACAAUAACUUCAAUUUUUUAUUUUUCCGCGUCUUAUUGCUUGUCGUUGUCCACAUGAAAAAAUGAAUCGCUCAUCUACUGCGCACCGUUGCGAAAAAAUAUGAAUUGCAAAAAUGUCUGGGUCUGGAAGAUUGCAACUUGUCAUGGUGAAUCUGAAGCAUGCAAAAAUCUGUGUUGCAUGAGUGCCAAAAGCUGUCCACUUUUCACCAAGUUGGAAGGGAGUUUCUCAUGCAGGACAGGCAUGGCGGAGACCUCGCAGAGUCUGUCAUGCUAAGUCCCGCAUUCCAGACCUCAUGGGUCAUGGAAAAUCUGCAUGACAAGUCUACACUUUUCCAGACAUCCAGGGAUUUUUACAUUUGAUAAAAAAGAACCUCAGUUCAUUUCACGCCUCCCUCGUCCCGAAGGUUGGUAGCAGAGGAUGAAGAUGAAGAAGCCGGCGAUUAUUCUUACAUGAUCACAGCGGACAGGGACAGAGCAGAACCAGAAGUUGCACUAGAGUGGAUCGGAAUUGGGAAGAAGAACAUUGGCGAACCAAGAACGCCAUCAGAAAGAUCGCGGUUCUUCGGUAGAAGUGCAGAGCAAAAUCGAGGAAGCAAGAAAAGCGACCGGAUACUAUCGCGGCAUGCGAGCAGAAGAGAAGGAGUGUCCAAACCAACGAAAGAGGAAGCUGCAGUGCUGGGCCCCCGAGGCACAUCAAAUUAUGGCAAGUUGGACGCGCAGACGCAAGAAGAAAGAGAAGGAGAAGCGGAUCACGACGAAGAAGCUGUUAAAACUGUUGACCCAAAAAAGCAGGAAGAAAAAAGGAGCAUGAUUGCAGCUGCAUCCAAGAAGAAGCUCCUCUCAGGACCACAGGAACAAGAAACACAGGAGAGAACAGACAGUAUCAUAUGGAAAAACGUCCCCACCCCAGAGUCAAGAUGGUGA